AGUUUACAGCUGAUUGUUGCUCGGGACUUGUUGCUUGUCUGAACUCUUUGGAUUUUACUACGUAACUUAAACUAAGGACAACCAGACGUAUUAUCAGGAGGCUGCACCAUGAACACUGCAGUUUCAAGACAAUGCCACACUAACAGGAGAGGAAAGGAAAAUGCCCCGCCUGGCGAUAAAAGCACAUCUUUCAUCAGAAAAAACCUUUCAAAAUCAACAAGGACCAUCCCCUUGCAGGUUAACCAUGAGAAAGCAGAGACGCUGGUAAAAAAUGGUCUUGGAAUAGCCACAUCCAAACGAGCAGACCCAAAAAUCAAGUCCAUGAAGAAAGAUGUGGAGAGAGGAACUGUUAGUGGAGCAAACAGCCACGUCAUUCUCGGCCAACAAGUACCUCCACGAGCAGCAACUUCAUCCAAAGUUGCUCUUGGCAUGUACAAAGGUAAGAUUGUACAGUCAAAAAUUGGAUCCAUAUGGAAGUCCAGUGCAGCACCAGCAGUGCCUAAAACAGAAAGCCAGAGGGUGGACAAUUUGGCAAAACACCUCCCCAAACCCGCAGUCACCAGCCGCCCUACUCGGACCGCUCGCCCAAUGACGACCACCACGACAGCGCAGAGGAACACCGGCUCCAGAAACACUACCAAGGCUCCCACCACGACAAGGAUUAUAGCAACGGACAAGAAGGUCAAGAAGCCUCCUGUAACGAGCACCCUCAGUCAAUACAGAUCCACCGAAACUGCCCAGGAAAAAAGAGCAAAACUAGCAGAGUGGUUGGCGUCUAAGGGCAAGACUCUUAAGAGACCUGCCAUGACGACAGCACCCCCCAAAACUAAAACCUCUACAACAGCCAAAGCCGACAACAAGUCCAAGUCCGAUGUGACGUCAAAACCAGAACCACGACGAGAGCCGGAGCCUCGUGUUCACACAGCGCAAACUGCUGAAGCGUGUCCACAAGCGCAGGAAGCCCCGAAGCUGUCCACCCAGGCGCCAGUCGCACUCAACACUACUUUGGACCUUCUGGAAGACUGUCAUCCAGAUCUGUCUGCUGUGCGGGACGGAGUUGACGAUGUUGUUGUGAACCUCUGCAGUGCUUUGGAAGCCAUGCAGACACCUUCCCAAAUAGAACUUCCACUGCCAACAGAUGCACACAAAGAUGCUGAAGAGGAGGCGGGAGUGAUGGAGGACGGAAGCGUCGAGGAGGCGUUUAAGAAUGAAGACGCCCACCAGCGAGUGAGGGAUGAGAUGGAAGAAAGUGAACAGAAAGUGCAGAAGGAUGAUGAGUAUGAUGAAGAAGAUCAGAGUGAUGAGAAAGUGGAGAACACGCAUCAGAUGGACCAAGCCUCUGUUGUCAAAUACAAUGUGAAGACGACGCCACAUUUGCAAAGCGUUAAGAAGACGAUCAAAGGUGAGGUCCAAACAAGCGCAUCCCGGAAGAAAAGCAACAUCAAAGAUCUGAAGUUUCUGACGCCGGUGCGUCGUUCCUGCCGCAUCGAGAGCAGAUCCUCACAUCUGCCCCCGAUGCUUUUGGACCACGACCCCUGUGUGUCAUCGCUGGCUGAGCUGGCCCAGCUGGAUGAUGACCUCAACGCUUACAUUUACAGGAAAAACCCCGGUCUUAUGGAGGAGCUGCUAGACGAGACCAAACCGUGACCCUUAAAAAUUAAUAUAUACUGUAUGUAUCUAUAUGUAUGGGACUGUAACUAACAGGUCUACUAACUGAAUGUAUCACUACAGAUCAUUUUAAUUGUUUCUGAAAUCCUAAACCAAGUAACACCUUUCCAGUUCUAAGAAGAUCGGAGUGUAGUCACUUUUCUUAAUUGUUCCCAAGAGUGCUUUUAAUACAAAGUCAACAUGACAUGCACUACAAUAAAGGCAAUAUUGUCUGAUCUUUUAACAAAAAA